AUGGCCUCCUGGAUAUCGGGCCUGGAGCUGAGCAAGGCCGCCCCCCACUGCUCCUCGCUACCUAUUAAUUUACGGAGGGAGGAGGAGCACCCCCACAUGACGUAUCCAGAAAGUGGCACCGAGGGAUACAAUGAAAUAUUUUACGAGGCUACAAAACUAGGCGGUUUCUGCACUGACGAUCUCGCCACAGUGGUCCUAGAUAAGCCGGGUGAUCACUCCAGAAUCCAAGCGGCUGUGCGAAAUUUGGCAAAACUGUUAGGGGCCGUCAGAGAUGGUGACGGACCCUCGCCUGGAAACGAAGUGCCUGGAAGUGAUGGAGCGGAGCACUGUCCAGAUAGCGACGGAUAUGUGUUAAGCUCGUCACCGGGCCCACAAAAUGGCAAACAAUUAUCUGCAUGUGUGCCGGAGCAAUUGGUGUAUGGUUUCAUACAACGCGAUGCGAUGUGCUGGAACAACACAACGACGCAACCAACGAAGAGGAUCAAGUAGCUGGAGCAUCC